AUGGAUGUUUUAGUGUUUCGGGACGUGUAUGCGACGAGAUACCUUCAGGGUACGCACAUUCUCGCCUUUGCUGAAGGAUGGUCAUGUCUGACUAGACUCGGGCUCGUAGCGAUUGGGCUUACGGCUCUCUUCUAUGACCAUACAUUGACGUUCGCGGAUGAAGUGCGCCUGGUCUGGCUCGCCCCUCGCUCGCUUGCGAAGUAUGCAUUCCUUUUUAACCGGUAUCUUGUAUUGGCGACGCUCAUUGGGGUGGCAUGUGAGAUGUGUGGUUUCAUUGGGGACGUGUUUACGGAUCUUCACAGGUGCAAGUACUUCCUCUUCGUGGUCUCCAUGAUCGCGGUCAUGUCGAUUGGUAUCACGAAUAUGUUGGUGCUCCUGCGUGUAGUGAUUCUGUGGGAUGCACGGCCGUCGGUAUUGAAGCUUAUGAUGGUCGCAUAUGUCGCGAGUCUGAUCGCUCAGGUGAUUACCCUCAUUCUCACGCUCCUGCACAUCCUACCGGGUAUGGCCUGGUCUCCACUUGCGGGGAUGUGUAUCUCGUCCAAGAGCUCGCAUAUCAUAGUCGCAGUGUGGGCAUCGCCGAUGCUAUUUGAGUUGUUUGUUUUGAUCUCGACUGCACUGAAUGCUGUUGAUCGGCCGACGUCGGCACGGACGCCGAUUGCAAGGGCGCUUUGCAGCGACGGCAUCCUGUACUUUGUUGGAGUGACUACUCUCCGUGCAUUGAACGUUGCUCUUGCGGGUGCGAGUCUGUCUCGACCGUCGUUCACGCUACUCGGUGUCUUUUUUGUGUGGGCGAUGACGACCACACUCAUCAACCGAUCGCUGCUCCAGUUCCGCGUCCAGCGUGACCACUGGGAAGAUGACAUUGUGUUGGUCGAGCGGUCGACGUCGCCGAACGAGGGCAGAAGGAGCAACAACAACAGCUUGGACAUCAACAAGAGCAUCGAGGUCACCGAGGACAGCGUUGCGGAGGUUGACAUGAUGUGGGCGUCGCGGUUGGAGAGAUCGUGGCGCUACAGAUGAGGGGCACUGCGUGUGCUAGGAUUCCAUCCAUGUAUCUGUAAUAUUUACCGCUUGUAAUAGAGCGUAAUUCCGCGCGCAGGUUCCAGCUCGCCGCAGUCACGUCGAUCCAAUCUGAUUCCUGGAUGGUGAUCCUGAAUUUGAAUCCGCCAGCGCGGCGCCAGGCAGGCCGACUCGGUGGUGGCGGUCGGUUAUGGCGAAGAGGGUUCCCAAAAAGGGAAUGUGCGCAUCGCCACGGCGCAUCAGACAGACACAGGCUGAGCGUGACGACGAU